UCACAUCACGAUUUGUGACUCUGUGGAGAAGAAGAGGACGGGUCUAGACGGCCGUGUGAACGCAGCCUAACCUAAAAUAAAUAGAAGAUAGAGAUCAUGAAUUGGCAAACAGCCCAAACUAUUUUCCCAAUUGCCAGCGCAGAUGAUCAUAAUUCAGGACUCCAAUGGUGAUCCACAAUUGCCCACUGCUGCUAUAUAUAAGUAGGGCUCCAUACAGGGAACACCUCAGAACGAGAAAGUCAUGGCCGCCCUCAAGUUGUGUCUCUUCGCAGCCCUACUCAUCCUGUGCGGCGCUCAAGUUGUAUUCAAACACAAUGGAAGUGGUGGAAAACCAAACAAUGCUCUGUGUGCUGUGGGCCCCUCGGACAGAACAGACUGCGGCUACCCCGGAAUCAGUGAGAAGGAUUGUUAUUCCAGAGGAUGCUGCUUCAAUACAAGUGUUUCCGGAGUAAAAUGGUGCUUCUUCCCAAAAGUACAAGCAAAGAAUUGUGGGGGAUCUCCCCAGCUGAGAAGGAAUUGUGGGUAUCCCGGGAUCAGCUCUGCAGAAUGCAGCAAGAGGAACUGCUGUUACGACUCCAGUAUUCCCGGGGUGAAUUGGUGCUUCUAUACUCAGGAACAAAACAAGGCCCAGUGCGCUGUGAGCCCCCCGAAAAGAACAGACUGCGGUUACCCUGGAAUUACCGCCACAGAGUGUCAUAACCGAGGAUGCUGCUUCAACUCAAGUGUUCCCGGAGUAAAAUGGUGCUUCUUCUCCAAAGAGCAGAAAAAUGAAAAAUAUGAGUGCGGAGUGUUUCCUUACAAGAGAAGAAACUGUGGAUACCCGGGAAUAAGCUCUUUAGAAUGCAUCAAGAGAAAGUGCUGCUUCGAUUCCAGCAUACCAAGGGUGAACUGGUGCUUCUACUCCCAAGCACAAGAUAAUUCUCAGUGUGCUGUGAAAGCAUCAGACCGAAAGGACUGCGGCUUCCCCGGAAUUACUGACACAGAGUGCUACUCCAGAGGAUGCUGCUUCAACGCAAGUGAAAAGGGAACCAAAUGGUGCUUCUUCCCUAAAGGAAAAUACAAUGCUCUGUGUGCUGUGGGCCCCUCGGACAGAACAGACUGCGGCUACCCCGGAAUCAGUGAGGAGGAUUGUUAUUCCAGAGGAUGCUGCUUCAACUCAAGUAUUCCUGAAGUAAAAUGGUGCUUCUUCCCGAAAGACCAAGUAACAAAAGAGACGUGUGCUGGGUCCCCUCAACUGAGAAGGAACUGUGGGUAUCCCGGAAUUAGCGCUGCCGAUUGCGGCGAGAGGAACUGCUGCUUUGACUCCAGUAUUCCUAAUGUGAACUGGUGCUACUAUACUCAGACACAAGACAAGGCCCAGUGCGCUGUCCACCCCCUUAAAAGAAAGGACUGCGGAUACCCCGGAAUCAGUGAAAAAGAGUGUUAUAACCGAGGGUGCUGCUAUAACUCAAGUGUCCCCGGAGUAAAAUGGUGCUUCCUUUCCAAAGUGCAGGCCUAUGAACAAUAUGAGUGCGGAGUGUUUCCUUACAAGAGAAGAAACUGUGGGUACCCGGGAAUAAGCGCCUCAGAAUGCACAGAGAGGAACUGCUGCUUUGAUUCUAGCACUCCGGGGGUUAACUGGUGCUUCUACUCUAAAGAACAAGAUGUUGCUCAGUGCGCUGUGAGCCCCUUGAACAGAACAGACUGCGGUUACCCCGGAAUCAGUGAUACAGAGUGCUAUUCCAGGGGAUGCUGCUUUGACGCAAGAAUUCCUGGAGUAAAAUGGUGUUUCCAUCCAAAAAAGCAAAGUAAGAGAUUAUUGGGAACCUUGUCUAACCAUGAAAUGAACUGGGUUCUCUGCUUUGCUCAAUCUUCCUUGUUAGAAAGAUUGCCUGGCAAUAAGCUGAUUACAAGGGGUCCCCCGCUCUAA